GCUCGCAAACGGUUUGUGCUUGCUCGUGCGGUGUAAUAAUUUAAGAAAUUAUCUCUCUAUAAAUCCUUAAAUACUGAGUUUAAGCUUCAAAAAAGAUCGAAAAAAGGACAGCCACUCUAAAGGUGAACAGUGCUUCGAAAUAUUCUAAGGAUCCAAAGCAAAUCCUUUCGAAAUAAGAAAUCGCUGUUUGUUAUUGUUUUAUGGCUUGAUAAACUAAACCGGUUGUCGUGAAAAUGGAAGUUGCCAUCAAAGAAGAGCCUGCAUUGGAGAUUGACAAUUUUGUGGUCAAUCAAUCGACCAGGUCGAACGAUUUUAGCAACCUCGGUGAAUGUUCCACAUCGUACGCCAGCAACUUGUACGAUGAUCCUGUCCAGGAAAUGCAAAGGCUCCUAGCCGAAUGGGACCUGGAGAUUCUGACUGAUCGAUUCAGCACCCAUCUUAUCGAUGCCAGUGUGUUGGACUACAUUGUCGAUGUCGAUAUCAUCGAUUUGUGUAAAGACUUGCCGAUACGGUACCGGUUGGUGCUACGCCAUAAAUUGAAGGAGAAGCGCAUGAAGUCUCCGCAAGAUGAAAAUUGUGAUCCUAACGUUUUCCAUGAAUCCCCGCCACCGAAACGUAAGAAAGCCAUCCCUCGGGUAGUCAUCGAAAACGAAAGAAGCCACAUCCGGCCAGCUGGUACGGAACACACAGCAACCUCAGAAAGUCGAAAAUCGGCAACAGUACCCUCAGCGCAGAGUACCCCACUGGUCGUUAUUCCUGGACCAUCUCCCGCACCGUCAAAGCCCGUUGAAGUGCGACCUGAUGUGGAUCUUGUUCCAGAAAAAAAAGAUCCCCCGACAAUCAGCUCAUGUUGUGCUUGUGGAAAAACAACGCAAAGGGAAUUUAUGACGAUGGAGAAUGUGGAACGACACGAAUGGACUGCAAAAUCUUUGAUUCAACGGUCAGUCAAAGGUUCAAGAAUUUUGAAACAGUAUGAACAGACCAAAAUGCUAACUCGAGCGGAUAGAGCGACUAUCACAUCAUUGAUUGUUGACGAUUUAAUCCAGCAACAUGGAAAACUUACCAAAGUGGAACUUUUAAGAUUCGCAGCUCAGCUAAAAUCUCUGUUCCCAACUGUUCACGAGUACAUUUGGUAUCGGCCAUCGAUCAUAGUAAACUACACAACGGGUGAAAAAAUAAAAUUGGGGAAGUUUCCUCGCGGAACCUUGUACGACCGGAAUCUAAAUCAAGCCAUUGACCUCAAAUACGUCACGGAAUCAACUCCAAAGAAAAGAGAUGAUUCAAAGUUAUUAAGUGAACAAGCUAUAGGCGAAGAAGCCAUUCUCAACUAUCAGGAGACCAAAGAAUGGUUCCGGAAUCAUCAAGACGAGUGGGACGAAGCUAUAAGUCGAUGGCGUAGCACAAGUGAGGUUCGCAUUCACGAAAUAGUCCAGUCAGAUGAACGGACAUUUUCCGAGAUCUUAACUGAAUAUCCCAUACUCCGAGGUUACUACGGCUACGACUUAGUGAAAAUAGAUUUCGAGCACCAAUAUCCCGAAAAAGUUGACUUACUAUUCACUCGAUUUGCCGAUUUUCGUCAAAGAUUGAAACCUCUGCUGCCCAAAAACAUUGGAAACCAAGGAAAGGUGCUUUUAAAAUUGCUCGAUGAAGAUCUGCCAGAGGAUGUAUUGGAUUGUGAAACCGUAACGUUACUGUCUCACUUAUGGCCAAGUUCAAUCUUAAAACUUUCAAAUAAGGACAUAUGGAAACCGACGAUCAAAGAAAGUUGCGAAGGUGUAAUCAUUCGCCUGGAAACAUUAGCAGACUAUCAAACAAAAUUCAGCAGUAUUCAGGAGCAGCGCGCAAAGAGAGGACUCCCGGAUACGCCCGUGAUACUAGCGGUUGGCGAAACUCCGAAAUCUACGCACACAUUCUUUGUCAGUUACGACUUUCUGUACCAGACUGACACUUUCCUGGAAGCGUUGGACAUAGUUUUCAAGAUUCAUAAGUCAUAUGAUUUGAAGUUCCCCAUCCAGGCACAAGGAACUUGGAAUUUCAUAUCGUGCUUUUUCUACGACUUCGAGCUGGGCCUCGAUAGAAAUAAAGAACAUAUUUUAUACUGGUGCAAGAUGCUUCAAAAUAAAAACUCUUAAUGUAAGAAGAAGAUGGCAAGUUUGCAACUCUUUUAACUUCUGUAUCUGUUA